GAAGGGGCUGGUCGUCUCUAGAAGAGCAGUAGGCGUGGGAGUGGGGCUAGGGGUAGGGAUCAGAGUGCUAGUAGGAACAUUGAUACUGGUAGUACGGUCAUGAGUAAAGGUUUGCGGAGAGAAAGCCAGUACAGUCUCGAGAUAUAGACAGAGUAUGGCGAGGAGAGCAACAGUAGUAGUCUUGAUGGAAAGCAUAUUGCGCGAGAGUUGGAGAAACUGGCUUUGUUUAGAUGGAUGUAGAGUGUGUUUGGCAGGGAUAUAGGUGUUGGUGGAUAAAAAAAGAGAGGAAAAAGAGAAGAAAACCAGGCCGAGGAUUGUUGAACAUAUAUCCAUGUCCAUCUGUUGGGAUAUUGUCAGGUGUUGUAGUUGCAUUCGCAGUUAGAACCUGGUAUUUCACUCGGCGCAGUCAAUGAAUACAACUCUCGAGGCACAGAAUACCUCUGACCAUUCAUACUGGGGUACAGAUUCAUUCGCCUAAAUCAGGUCACUAUGAAGUAAGCCAUCAAAAGCUCCAAGCCCUUAGUUGUGUUCCUUCAGUGAAAUGUGUGUUUAUAUUACUAGUUAGACCAUGGCUUGAGGAACGUGAAGCUCUCCUUAUAGAUCUCCUGCACAUAGGUGUUGCUCAAAAAUGAAGAAACCAAAACACCAAAGAAACCAUAAGUGCCUGUCGCAAGUGAAGAGAGCAUUCGAAUUGUAAGCGAUAGCGCCCUGGAAUCUGGGAAUCUCGAUAUCUAGAUACUAAGUAGGGUUCACGAUUGUGUGUACUCCGUAUGCCAACCCACCAUGUUAGUAUCUCGGACUUUGCUCGUCAUUAGUAUAGAUCAUUGUCUCACGACCCCUCGACAGGUAUAACUGAUAACUUAUACCGUCCCACUUAUUAAACUAGACCUAUCCCUUGUCGGCAUUGGCUAUUAGAGGGCAG